UUUCUUUCUUUCUUUUUCAAAACAACAAUAACAACAACAACAAAAGCCCUUUACUUAAAAGUCACGCAUCAAAAUUAACCAGAUCCAAGUCUAUCUAUCUCAUUGAAUUUCUGUACAGUUAGAUUAGCUAUUCUCAAAUCGUGGAGCUUCACACUGGAUUUUAUACUUUCACCAACAAAUAUGUUUUUAUGAGAACUGCCUUUCUAAAGAUGGUAGCAUUUCCUAAAUGAAAUUCCUGUGCACAAAUACAGGGAGACACUAAAGCAUACACAGCUUUAUUUAUGUUAGCCACUCCUUACUCUUAUGGUGAGCUGACCUUCAACACGGAUGUAAAAAAGUUCAAGGAGGAAAAUGUGGUUAUAAAAAGUGGUUAUAUAUAGGAAACUUGAACCUUACCUCAUACCACACAUACAAAUUAAUUCAAAAUAUAUGACAGACAGGUUGUUGUGGCUCACUUUGGAGACUGAGGCAGCAGGAUCCUAAGUUUCAGGUCAGUCUGAGCUAUAUAGUGAGAUUCUGUCUCAAAACAAAAACAAAAACACCCCACCUCCCAAACCCAAACCAAAAUAAAACUAAAAAAGUCCCCAAAAGGAUCUAAAUAUAAAAAACUAAACACAAAACUUCUAGAAGAAAAGGAGAAAAGUACUUUUCACACAUAUAAACGUGCUUUUUCUUUUCUGUAUGCAUGUGCACAUAUAUCUUUGUAUGUAUGCAAGCGUGCAUGUGUAGGCCAAAGGUCAACUCCAGCUGUCUUUCUCAAUCACUUUCCAGUUCAUUUUUUUGAGGCAGAGUUUCUCUCUGAACCUGAGGCUCACCCGUUUGGCUAGGCUAGCCAACAAACUCCAGAGAUCUGCCCACCCCCAGCUCCCCAGUGCUGGGACUACAGGUAACAUCUGGUUUUUACACGGGACUGGGGGUCCAAACUCAGGUCAGGUUUAUUUCCUGAUUAAGCCAUCUCUGUAAUCCCAAGUGGGACAGAUUUUCUAAAGAGCACUCAGAAAGCACAAUCUAAAAGAUAAAAGGAGAAAAAUCAAGUUUAUUAAAACUUUUCCCCUUUGAAAAGUAUUUGUCAAUAUAUACCUGACAAAAGGCUCAUAUCUAGAACAUUUAAGAACUCUUAAAGCUCAAUAAAAUGGAUAAACAAUUCAAUUUAAAAAUGAUCAAGAGUCGAGAAAAGCAAAUUGAAAAAGAGAAAAGAAAAAUACAGGCAGUUUCCUAACUUGUAAAGUUAAACUUAAGAUUUUCUUUAAAACUUAAUGAUGGUUCCAAAGCAAUACACAUUCGAACCACAAUUUGCAGACGGAUUUUCCUGGGCUAGUGAUAGGCAGUAAGCCACUCUCGAGCCAGGAGUGGCUUCCAGUGAGCCGCACGAGUUCAAGGGUGCACAACAGGUACUCUACAGAAUACAUGCAGCUACACCAGUGUUUGCUGGGCUAGGUGCAUAAAAUGCAUGCUUGCCUUUCGGCAUUUUCAACUGUUAGGCUUACUAGGACAUAACCCUACCAUGGAGCCUCUGCCUAAGAAUGGCUAGUAAGUGCUGAAAAAGAAAACACCAGUGGUUAAGGGCACUUGUUGCUCCUGUAGAUGACCCUGGUUUGGUUCCCAACACACACAGGGCAGCUCAACUCUUAGUUCCAGGGCAUACAACCACUUUUGGCCUCCAUAGGCACUAGGCAUGCAUAUGGCACACAAACAUACAUGUAGGCAACACACACACACAAAAUAAUCUAAAAAUUAUUUUUUAAAAAGCAUUUAAAAAGUAUAUGAUAAAAAAGUUAUCAUAUACUAGUUUAAAAAAGGGUCACACCCACAACAGCUAAAGUUAAGAGCAACAGUAAUUCCCAGUGUUCAGGAGGAUGUGCGGCAACUGGGACUGGCCUUGUAGUGUUGGUGGGAAUGUGAAUCACAGUCACUUUGAAGGGCGAUGUCAAGUAAAGGAAUGUAACAGGCUAUAAUGGCCCGAAAAAGUUCACUUAUUUUAAAUUCUUAAGAAGGACAGCUACAGUGAAAGAAAGCAGCUUGGAGGUUGCUCGCGGCCAUGGUUAGGGGAGGGCUCAUGAGGAAACACACCUUUUCCCUCCUACAACCGCCAUCUGAGACAGGGUCUCACUGUACAGCCCCACCUGGCACAGAGCUGGAUAGAUAGACCAUGCUGGCUUCAAACUUACUGAGAUUUGCUUGCCUCUGCUCCCAACACGCUAGGAUUGCGGGCAUGUGCCCUGACACACAGCUAUAAAUUUUGAGGUGUGAUUUUUAACAUUUGCUAGCCCAUACUCCUAAAAUAAGUGAGACUACAGGUAAACCACACCACAGUAUGGCUGCUCAACAAGGACAACCUGUGCACCACCGGUGUUGCCCCAGGCAGACUACAGGCGGGAAGCGAAAGCUGAUUCCAUCUCCAGUUUGAGCUACCCGGAUGACACUCUUGCACAAGCAGCUAUGUCUCAAUAUUUUAGUUCUGGUGUGUGCUGUGCAGUUGUGUUUUCCUGUGCAUGCAGGUGGAGGCCAACGCCAGUAUCAAGUAUCUCUCCCUAAUGCUCUCUACUUCUUUAUUUAAUUUUGCUUUAGUUUUGGGCUGGAGAGAUAGCAUGGUAGAUAAGAACACUGGCUGUUUUUCCAGAGGACCUGGGUUCAAUUCCCAGCAAGCACUCACACGGUACCUCACAACUGCCCAUAACUGCAGUUCCAGGAGAUAUAAAUCCCUCUUCUGGUCUCCAUGGGCACUGGGCAUGCAUGUGGCACACAGGCAUACAUGUACACAAAAUAUUCACCCUCAUAAAAUAAGCUAUUUAUUUCCGGGGCAGGCAUGUGCACCACAGUACAUGUGCAGAGGAGGACAGUUUUCCAGACCUCAGGUAAGCAGGCUUGGUGGUGAACACUUUUCCUGGCUUGGCCCUCUCACCAGCCUUCCCACUUUAUUUCUGACACAAGUCUCCUGAGCUGGAACUCACUAUUUUACCUAGACUGGCUGGCCCCAAGCUUUCUGGAGCUCCUCCCCAGUACUGGGGUGACAGAUGUGGACCCAAUGAGUGUUUUUUACACGGGGACUGGGGAUCCCAAAUCAGGUCCUUAUGCGUGAGCUGCAAGCAUUUUUUCAUUGAGCCACCUGAGUCCCUUAAUAUUUGUGUUUUUAAAAGCAUGAUUUAGCGAGUUACUGAAAGAUGGCUACCGCGCCAAAAUGACCAACACAAAGGGAAAGAGGAGGGGCACUCGCUAUAUGUUCUCUAGGCCCUUUAGGAAACAUGGAGUUGUUCCUUUGGCCACGUACAUGCGAAUCCACAAGAAGGGCGAUAUUGUAGACAUCAAGGGAAUGGGCACUGUUCAAAAAGGAAUGCCCCAUAAAUGUUACCAUGGCAAAACCGGAAGAGUCUACAAUGUCACCCAGCAUGCUGUGGGCAUCAUUGUAAACAAGCAAAUUAAGGGCAAGAUUCUUGCCAAGAGAAUUAAUGUGCGGAUUGAACACAUCAAGCACUCGAAGAGCAGAGACAGCUUCCUGAAGCGGGUGAAGGAGAACGACCAGAAGAAAAAGGAAGCCAAAGAGAAGGGCACCUGGGUUCAGCUGAAGCGCCAGCCUGCUCCACCCAGAGAAGCACACUUCGUGAGGACUAACGGGAAGGAGCCUGAGCUGCUGGAGCCCAUUCCCUACGAAUUCAUGGCCUGAUGUACAAAAAGAAAUAAAAGACCUGGACUAUAAAAAAAAAAUAAAUAAAUAAAAGCAUGAUUUACCCCUUUUAUUUGAAUUUCACUAAAGUAAUUUAAAAAUUUAGAAGAUCACAAAGAAAUUAUAAAGCACAUGUAGGUUAUCAUACUGCUGGGAAAAGAUGUGAAGGUAUCACUUUAUACACACACAGACACACACACAGCUUUACCCUAAAACCUGGUGGCUACACCUGUCUAACACCUGAAGGACUGAGACCAGAGGGAAGUACACAGGGUAAGCAUGUUGCACAUUACUCAAGCUUAAUCUCUCUUGAUGCCUGGCUCUGGACAUGCUGGAGCUCUGUCAACCCCAGGGGAACCUAAUGAUCACCCUGCUGUCGUGGUCAACUCCGGCUUCAUAACACCCCACAACUGUACAGAAAAUGAUUUCAAAAUAGCUGCUCUGGAAGAAAAGGAAGCCUCACAAAUGCUUUCCCUACCCCCGCACAGUCCCUGCACCUGUGAUCCUGCCCCAACAUUCUGUGACAUUUUCCAGGCCAGAACUCCUUGUUCCUACUCUCCUACAUGUUUCAGGAGGUAAAAACCUCCUUGCCAUUUGCCACAGCUUCAAAAUGUGCUUCUGUUCUUUCCUGAAGAAUGGCGUGCGCAGCAGCGAGCUGAGGCGCAACUGGGGCCCUGUCUGCCGCUCUCGUUCUUCAAGCCAACCCCGAAAGGAGAAAUGAGAGCAGAGAAGACCCAAACUCAGCCUGCGCAGGAAGAAAGGCAGUUUCAAUAACUAACUUCAUGUCCUCUGCUCCCCCCACCAGAGUUUGUUUCCAGGCUGUCGCAAACCCUGCCGCUGAGGGACAGCUCUGGAGUGCUGCCACAACUGCCAAGGCUUGGGUAAAGGGGAAAUGAGACUGGCUUCAGAGUGAAGUCUCUUUCAGCUCAAGUACUGUUAGCCACACUCUGGGUGAGUGCGCUCUUGGCAGAAUCCAAAUCUUUAUUGUGCAACACACUGUGCCACACUUUCCCAAACAAAAAAAUAUAAAGUUAUUCAAAUAACACAGUAACUAUGUACUCAAUACUCACUGGAAUCUUGACGAGCAAGUGGGCUUCAGAAUUUGAGAGAAGGGUUUGGAAUGGCCCAUCAAAUCUCUCCUGAGGGGCUGGAGAAAUGGCUCAGCGGUUAAGAGCACUGAUUGCUCUUCUAGAAAACCCGGGUUCAAUUCCCAGCACCCACAUGGCAGCUCACAACUGUCUGAAAAUCCAGUUCCAGGGGAUCUGACACCUUCACACCAAUGCACAUAAAAUAAAGAUAAAUAAACCAUAAAAUUAAAAAAAAAAAUCUCUCCUGAGCCUACAGUUCACAUGCUGCCUGCACAGCACCCAGCCUUUUUCAGUGGUGAAAGGUGGGCUAAGGUGGAGGGUCUGGGUACUUAAAGAAGGCUGGGGGCAGCAAGGAAGCAGGCUACCCCAAGGGGCAGUACUCAGCUCUCUUCCCUCAGAAAACAAAACAGGAGGUACCCUCUCACUGGAGGUGACUCAGCAUUUUUCCUCUGAACUGAGGAGUAGAUACCCACAAUUAAGAAACAGGUUAAACAAAGGGCAC